GAGUGAUUGCGCCAUGCCACACACACUUGAAGCUCAGUCUCCCUUAGAGACAGUGGCAAUGCUGGAUCGUGGCAUGACAGUGCAACAGUACAGACUCCACUGAGCUGUGUCACUAUCCAGACAGAGGGAGAGCAUCAGUAACAGAGAGUGCACUGGACUGGAGAAGAACACAUAGUCCGGAGAGGAGUGCUGGGAAGAAGAGUUGACAGAGACCUACCGCUGGAGGGGGCCAAUCAGGAGUGUGAAAAAGGAGCGGAGGAAUCAGGAGUCUGAGGAUGCACGGAGUUAGCAGGAGAAACUGCUGAGCGUGCAGCAGCAUCAACCUGGGCACACUUAUAUCCUCAUAUACGUAUACACACACCUUCCACAGGAGGACAGUGUGUGGUGCCCCAGUGGAGGAUGAAGAAGCACUCAGCCCGAGUUGCUCCUCUCAGCUCAUACAGCACUCAGGUCCUGACCUGCCCCAACUCUGAAGGAGAGGAAGGUUCAGAGUCUCGUGCAGAUACACCAGGCAGCGAUACCAGCCAAGAAAGUCGGUUUUACCAGUCAUAUACCAACACAGCUGUGAAGGUGUUGGGCGGUCUUCUGAUGGUGUUGUGUGUUUCCUCCUCCUGGGUGGGUACCACUCAGGUGGUGAAGCUCACCUUCCAGUCAUUCUCCUGUCCCUUCUUCAUCUCCUGGUUCAGCAGCAACUGGAAUAUCCUCAUCUUCCCCAUCUACUACUCAGGACAUGUAGUUACCACACGGGAGAAACAGACCCCCAUACAGAAAUUUAGGGAGUGCAGCAAACUCUUUGGGGAAGAUGGGAUGACUCUCAAGCUUUUCGUAAAGAGGACAGCACCCUUCUCAAUCCUGUGGACACUGACCAACUACUUGUAUCUCUUAGCAUUGAAGAAACUGACCGCCACUGAUGUCUCUGCCCUCUACUGCUGCCACAAGGCCUUUGUCUUUCUCCUGUCAUGGAUAGUCCUGAAGGACCGGUUCAUGGGUGUUCGGAUUGUUGCAGCCAUAAUGGCCAUCACAGGUAUUGUCAUGAUGGCUUAUGCUGAUGGUUUCCAUGGUGAUUCAUUUGUGGGGGUGGCAUUAGCAGUGGGCUCCGCCUCAACUUCAGCUCUCUAUAAGGUGCUUUUCAAGAUGUUUCUUGGUAGUGCCAGCCUUGGAGAAGUAGCUCAUUUUCUUUCCACCAUGGGCUUCUUCAACCUUGUCUUCAUCUCCUGCGUGCCCCUUAUCCUUUACUUCACUAGAGUGGAGUACCUGGGUUCACUCUCCUCACUACCCUGGGGAUACCUGUGUGGACUGGCAGGGCUAUGGCUGGUGUUCAAUAUUUUGGUCCAUGUUGGAGUGGUGCUGACUUACCCCAUUCUCAUCUCCAUAGGGACACUGCUCAGUGUGCCAGGCAAUGCAGCUGUGGAUGUUUUGAAACAUGAGGUGAUCUUCAGUGUGGUCCGUCUGGCGGCCACCUGCAUCAUCUGCCUGGGAUUCCUGCUUCUGCUGCUGCCAGAGGAGUGGGACUCGGUCACUCUGCGUUUCCUCGCCACCGUUGCAGACAAGAAGACAGAGGAGCAUGGAGAAGAACUCACAGAGUCCAGUGUCCACACUCGAAGCCGCAGUCGAGCAAACGGCGCUGUCUCCAUUCCCAUGGCAUGACAGGGCUGAGUUCUUACAUAAACUACUGCUCAUCUUCCUCCAGUCUCACCCUGGAGAUGCAGGAAGAUGCUGCGAUCCCAUAGGCAGAUCAGGAAGACAGGAAGUAUUGCUGUUAACUUUUAAACUUCACUUUUGAGAUGUACCUGGUCACUUUACAACAGGUGGGGGGAAAGAAAACAUUUCUGAAUCAUGCAAACCGAAAGGUUUGAUAGUGUUAUUUACUUUUUUAAAAUACUUGCCACGCUCUAUCCUCGCACGCACCCAAACCAAGAGCUGACUGGCUUCUCCUGACAUGCUCUGCAGACUGUAUUCUGUGAAUAUAAAUAUUGGCAGGGCCAGUUUGGCUCAAUCAUCUAUGUAUUUAUGAUAUUUAUUUAAAUCUAUACCAAUAAGACUAUUCAUUUUAGUUAUACUGAACAGCAUUAUAUACAAGAAUGGCAAUUAUACUAUGCGUAAUGUACAGGCUCUUUUGGAUUUAUAAUAAAAGACAUAAAAAAUUCUCUUUCAGUGUGUUCCUAGUCAACACAGGGUCACAUGCAUGUUGCUGGGAUUUUUUUGUGAAAUCUUUUAGAUGUUUCAGAAAUAAUUUUGUUACAUCACAAUGUGCAAGAAUGCAAAAAAUACUAACAAUAAAGCUCUCACACCACAAAAAGGCCACAAAGAGCAAAUAUACUUUUCACUGUGCUAAAUGGAAUCAGUUCAUUAAAGGAGCAGGAUCAUCCUGACUGUAAAUGUCCUCUGAGGUCAUGUCCUUGGAGGUUUAGAGAAUACUAGCAGUUUUUGGCAAUAUUACAUAUUACUGCACAUACAUUAUGUAUAAUACUGGCUAUGGUUGAUGUUUCAUUUUGUUCUUUUAAAAAGCUGAGUCCUCUCCUUGAAACACAAAAAUUGCCUUUUAAUGAUAGAAGUUAAUAUUAUAAAAGAAUAUUGUAAAAUUUAAGUUGGGGUCAUUAUACUUUUAUGGGUAAAAUUACAGAAACGUCUGUAUAUGAAUGUAAUGUAUUUUUGUUUAU